UGAUGAUACGCAAGUCGAACUUAAAGUGGGCUGACUUUCAAUGUACAAAGCAGUCCCAAUCGUAUACCGUUUCCGGAGGCGAGAAGUUGGGAAGCCGACCAGUCAGGUUUAGACAGUUCCUCUGUCCUUGUGCCUUUAUUGUCAAGGCGUGUUUGAGAUAUAAACUUUAAAAGGUAGAGAGAACACAGAAUCUAAUCAUGUAUAUCUAACAAUAAGACCCCUCUGAUUCCAGUAUAACACAGCAAUUCACCAAGUCCUCAAACCAAUGUGGUAGGCGAGUUCAAGCUCACUUCUCCAAAUGAUAAUGACGAACGAUUCCAGUUAUCACCUAUCAGUGUAUGGAAGAUUAGACAGGUUAUAAACUAUUGGUGAUGGAGUACAAAGGAAAGAUGAAUGGCAGUAGACGCGAUAGACUAUUUGAAAUGUAGCUCGGUCUUUCGUCCGUAUCAAGUAGUUCUGAUGCUUGACUACUUGAAGAGAGAACAGGAGGGGAAAGUGGUGAAGGUGGAAGGUAAUUGAAGUCGAUGACGAACGGGAAGAUGGUGAAGGUUAGUCGAACGAUUAGGCUGGAUGAAGUGGUGAGGUGUUUGUAAAAAUUCC